AUGAGGGCGGCUUUGCUCUCCCCAGAACCUGGGGGCUUGCUGAGCCUCUACACCCUUGGCUGUGUCCCUCAGCAUCCGUCUCUGGUGGAGACAUCACUCAUGACUGUUCAGCUGCAUGCUUUUGAAGAUGAGACACUGAGGCUUCGGCAGCUGAAGCUGGACAAUCAGAGGGCACUGCUGGAGAAGAAGCAGAGAAAGAAGCGCCUUGAGCCACUUAUGGUCCAACCAAACCCCGAAGCCAGGCUGCGCCGGUUAAAGCCUAGAGGUGGCGAGGAGCACACACCUUUGGUGGACCCUCAGACGCCUCGCAGCGAUGUCAUCCUACAUGGCAUCGAUGGGCCAGCUGCUUUCCUUAAGCCAGAGGCUCCGGAUUUGGAAAGCAAGCCUCAUGUUCUCUCAGUGGGCUCCCCUGCUCCGGAAGAGGCCACCGACCGAAGUGCAGGUGGGGAAAGCCCUCCAGUGGAGACCGCCUCCAAGCCAGACCUCCAGGAGAUUCUCCAAAAACACGGCAUCCUGGGUAGCGUGAACUAUGACGAGGAGACCGACAAUGAGGAAGAGGAAGGGGACAAUCUCAGCUCCCCGUCAGCUCAUUCGGAAAAAGAGAGUUCUGUGGCCGGCCAGAAAGCAGCCUCGGAGACGGGAGCUGCUGGUGUCACAGCCCAGCAAAGCGAUGCCCAGCUUGGAGAAGUGGAGAAUUUAGAGGACUUCGCAUACAGCCCUGCCCCGCGGGGUGUCACCGUGAAGUGUCGAGUAACUCGGGAUAAGAAAGGCAUGGACCGCGGCCUCUUCCCCACUUACUAUAUGCACCUGGAGAGGGAGGAGAACCGGAAGAUAUUUCUUCUUGCUGGUAGGAAGCGGAAAAAGAGCAAAACCUCCAACUACCUGAUCUCCACAGACCCGACAGACUUGUCUCGUGAUGGGGAAAGUUACAUCGGCAAACUCAGACUACAUGACAGUCAUUUUCCCUCCUCACAGGAGCACGAGAGCUUGCUUUCAAAGUGGCAGAACAAAUCCAUGGAGAACCUGAUUGAACUGCACAACAAGGCCCCAGUUUGGAGUGACGACACCCAGUCCUACGUCCUCAACUUCCACGGCAGGGUCACUCAGGCGUCAGUGAAGAACUUUCAGAUAGUCCAUGGAAAUGACCCCGACUACAUCGUCAUGCAGUUUGGACGCGUGGCUGAUGACGUGUUCACACUAGACUAUAACUACCCACUGUGCGCUCUGCAAGCCUUUGCCAUCGGGCUGUCCAGCUUCGACAGCAAGCUGGCAUGUGAAUGAGAAACGAGAAGUAAGGGACUUCCUCACCGCAGAGCCUUCAGUAGGAGCAGAAAGCGGCUGCCCUUGAGCUGCCCAGCACAAGGAGAGCAAGAUUCUGCCCCUCUCGGGGUUGUGUGUGUGUGUGUGUGUGCGCGCGUGCGUGCGAAUAUAUGUGUGCGUGCAUGCGUGUUCAUACAUGCAUAUGCGUAUACACAUGGAUGCACGCUUGCACUCACUCAUUUACACCUUCUCUGAGCUUCAGAGACCAUGUCGUAGAUCACAGCUUCAUGUGGGUGAGAGAUGAUUUAAAGCACAGGGAGGCAGGUACCUGGGCACACUGGCGACUCCUGACUGCACACAGAUUCUGUGUGGGGUGCAGCUUCCCUUUGCUCAGGCACUUCCAACACAAUCAGGUUCUAAUAGUUGGGCCUCCUUUUUUGAAGAUCCUUUAGCCUCUAAGACAGGAGCCUGCAGACUUUUUCAGCCAAUGGUCUGAUAGUGUCUCUUGCACUGUCUCCAAUUAGCCUCUUGGUUUUUAUUUUUGUUUUGUUUUUUUUGAGACAGGGUUUCUCUGUACCUUUGGUGCCUGUC